AUGGCGGUCCAAGUCUUCCCCGACGGCCCCAGCAGCCCUCGGAUCUCAUUCUCCCAUGAUCUUCGGAACGACGACGUCGUUCCUGUCGAGCACUACCCCCGCUCGCCUUCCUCCGGCAUCGACUUCGAUUUCUGCGUUUUCCGCGAGAGUUUCGACCAUGAAUCCUCCUCUGCCGACGAGCUCUUCUUCGACGGCAAAAUCCUCCCCAUCCAGAUCAAGAAACGAUUAUCACCGCCGCUUCUCAGAUCGGCGCCUCCUCCGCCCCCGCCGGCCGUUUCAGAGAAGCUGAAUCAGAGGCCGUCGUCGUUCUGGGGGUUCAAGCGGAGCGCGAGCUGGAACUGCGGCAGCGGCUAUGCGAGGACGUUGUGCCCGCUGCCGCUCCUGUCGCGGAGCAACUCCACCGGCUCCACGGCUAGCGUCAAGCGCUCGCCCAAGCAGAAUUCAAGCAACUACCAUAAGCCGCCGCUAAAGAAGGGUUCGUAUAACGGCGCCGUCAAAAUUAACCCGAUUUUGAACGUUCCAUCUGCGAAUCUGUUUGGGUUGGGUUCGAUAUUUUCCAGGGAUAAGGGUAAGAAGAAGGGAUUAUUUUUCAUUUAG